AUGUCCGUGGAUGAUGAGGCCGGUGAUGAGGCUGUCCCGCGGGCUGCAUCACCAGGCGCCUUGAGCCGGCGGAGACUUUUGAAGGCGGCAGAGCAUGGCUGUGCAGUCUGGUACUUCGAGGUGAAGCUUGGCGGGCCCCGUGCGGGCGAGGUGGCGAAGCAGCUGCCUCCGGGAAGGCCCCAUCUCCGAGCUGUCCGGCUCUCCCUGUGCGAGCGCCUGGAUCGGGCUGCCGGUGCAUCAGUCGCUUGGCCGAGGCCCGGCUUACUAUGCGUCUAUCUCGCGGUGGCGCAGGGUUCGUCCUCGUCUCACUGGCUGGCUGGCGCGCAUGGGGAUGGCAGCUUGGCCGAGGCGGUCAAGGGCUCCCUCCUUCGUUCAGCUCCUCGGGGCUAUGAGGUCCUUGAGAUCGAAAGCCUCAGCCCCCCACUGGUGGUGAAGGAUUUCUGGGUGAACGUGCCAGAGGAUGUCUUGGAUCUUGGCGUUGAGCUGAGUGGGGCGCCGCUUCACGAGGCCUCCAUCGUUCGGGCCUUCCUGGGCGGCUUGGUUUGGGGACAUGGCCUGCAAGCCCGUGACCUUCUUGUCUGGAUCGAGGGCCGGCCCACCUCCGAAAUGUCACCGGAGGAAGUUUCGGAAGAGCUGAGAGCAGUUCGACCACUGCGUCUGGGUUUCGUGCGCUUGGCCUCUCAAGGCUUCGAGGUGCGUGUGGCGAGCCCUGGCCGUGCGAGGUCGCCGGGUGCCGGGGAUCUCGGCCAAGUGGAUCAGGAGCUGCAGGAGCUGCGGGAGCGACGGCAGCACCUGCAGCAGCUGCAGCAGAAGCUGGUGGAGGUGCAGUCGCAAGCCGCGCAAGAAGAGGCAGCCCAAGCGCCCUCCUUGCGGCGUCCGAGGACUCCUCUUGCAGAGGAGGGGUUUCAGGGAUACUUCCAGGAGUCGCUGCCGAGCGGAUACCCUCAGACGCAAGACACUCAGCGAGAGGCCGCGCAAGCGCAGCUCCAGCAGGCCAGCUUUUCGCAGACUCCAUUCCAGCCAGGCUCUGCACACUUGCCCCUGGCGCACGUGCAUGCACAGGCUCAGCAGCCAGGCCCUUCGACAGCAGCAGGCGCACCCGCGCAAUUCCAGCAGUCAGGGUAUCCAAACUCAGCGCAUGGUCCUGCGCAGCUUCAUCCCUCGGCUUCAGCGGCCGGACCCGCAUCAUUUCAGCCAGGGCAUGGCCCUGCGCAGCUUCAGCAGCCAGGCUACUCACAGAUGCCAUCAGCCGGACCCGCGCAGUUUCAGCAGCCAGGGUAUGGCGGCGGGCCGCCAGCUGCCGGACCAACUCCUUUCCAGCCAGGGUAUCCACAGAUGUCUCCAGGCGCAGGUCCGGCACAUCUUCAGCCAGGCCCACAGACGCUAGGAUCCGGACCGACACAAUGUCAGCCGGGAUACCCGCAAGUGUCAGCACACGCAUCUGCACAUCUUCAGCAGCCAGGCUAUCUGCAUGCCUCUGCACAAGCAGAGGCGAGUCAGCUGCCUGGCCACUCACAGAUGCUCCAAGCCACACAGCAACAAGCAGCACAGGCAGGAGGUCAGCAGGGAGCUUUUCCUCACAUGCCACAAGUGUCCGCACAUCUUCAGCAGCAAGGAUCUUCUUAUCCAGUGCCGCGUCCGUUUGAGCCGGGCUACUCUCAGACAUCCCAGCUCCAGUCGAUGCCGCAAGCCGGAGCACUUUUUCAGCCCGGCCACCCGCAGCCGUCAGCAGGUGGGUCUGCGCCGUUUCAGCCAGGCUAUCAGCCUGGCGCCAACCAGGCUCCCAACUUGGCUGUGGCCGGAGAGCAUGGGCUUGGCGCACCCACUGGUGGGUGUGGCGGACCUGGUGGGGGUGGGCCUGGUGGGCCCACUGGUGGGUGUGGGUCUGUGGCAGAUGGAGGUGUGGUCGCUGGAGCUUGUGGAGUGCCGUUGGCUUCCGGCGAUGCGUCGGGGUUUCUUGGAGGCCUUGAAGGUGGGUCUGCUGCCCUGGCGCAAGCUCCCCAAGAGCUAAUGAGCCAAGCGGCAUCUGCGGUUCUUGGUGGCACUGAAAGUGUGACGAUGGAGGAGAUGUCAGAGCCACGAAAACUCGAGGAAGAGCAGAGCAAGGCCUCAGAGGAGGCCCAGAGCUCCCGUACUGGCCAGCGAGAGGAGAGCUCCCAAAGUGAGGAGCUCAAGGCCAUGUGCGAGAAGCAGGAGCAGGAGGUCUUGCUUCCUGCAGUCUCUGCCGCUAAGGCCGAAACGGAAGAAGCGCAGGCGCGUGGCUUCUAUGCCCGGGAGGCCGCUCUGGAGGAGGUCGCGUCGGAGCUAGAGGAGGUCCGGGAGGAGAAGAUGCAGCUCCUUGCAGCUUCGGAGGAGGCGGAAGCUCGUCUUUGCGAGCGCACCGCAGAGAUGCAGAUGCGCUACGAGACCGAGGAGCAGGAAAGCUUGCUGCCGGCUCUGGCAGCAGCCAGAGUUGAGAGGGAGGAAGCUGCAGCGCGAGGAUUCUAUGCACGGGAGUCUGCCAUGGAGGAGGUGGCCUCGGAGCUGCAGAAGAUCCGGGAAGAGCAGACGAAAGCGUCUGUGGCCGCCGGCGAAGCGGAGGAGAAGCUUGAAAUGGCCAAGGCAAGGGAGCAAGUCACUGCCGAGUGCGAGGAGGCGGCGGCAAAGGAGGUGAAGAACUGGGAGGAGUUGCUGCAGCAGCGGGAGAAGGAGAUCCUGUCCCAGAGUGAGCUCCGUGAUCGGGAGCACGAGGCCGCGCUCCAAGCGCGCUACGAGACGCAGGAGCGGGAGCUCCUCUUCCCUGCAGUCUCUGCCGCUAAGGCGGAGACGGAAGAAGCGGCAGCUCGGGGCUUCUACGCUCGGGAGGCCGCUCUGGAGGAGGUCCAGAGUGAGCUACGGAAACUCCGGGAGGAGCAGAGUUUGGCCACCCUAAGCCGCGAGGAAGCCCAGGAGGCCACCGCCAAAGCCAUCCGGCAAGACAGCCUCACGCGGGAGAUGGAAGACAAGGCGGCCAUGGAGGUCUCGAAGUGGGAGGCUCAGCUAGCUGCCCGGGAGCAAAGCUUAAAGAGCCAGCAGGAGCACCAAGAGCGGGAGUUUCUGGGGGAGGCGAAGACGGAGCAGCAGUUGUCCUCCGCUCUGCGCGUCAGGGAGUUGGCUCUGAAAGCCGGCGAGGAGGACCUGAAAGCCAAGCUGCGCAGCCGCGAGCACGUGAUCUUGCAAGAGCAGCGGGAGAUGGAGGCCUUAGAGAAGCGAGCCGAGGAGAUGAUGGCCUUGGCAUUGAAGCGUCGCCAGAAUCUCCUGGUGGAGGAGCAGAAGGAGGCGGAGGCCCUGGAGCUGCGGGCCCAGGAGCGUGCCCGGGAGCUCCUUGCAGAGGCGGAGGAGCGCCGGAAGACGCUGCAGGGCGAGGCUUCGGAAAGCCUGGAAUCUGCGGAGCAGAAGGCUCAGGAGCUGCUCCAGGAGGCCCAGGAGCGCAGGGAAGAGGUGGUGCUCCAAGAGGAGAGGGAGCUGGAGGCCAUGGAGAAGCAGGUCGAGGAGCUGACAGCAGAGAAGCAGGCGCAG